AAAAACAUUAAAAUGAUGUGGCAGAAGCUUCUCCAUCGUCCUCUUUUCCUCUCAAUGGUCCCGAAUAUUUCCUCUUAAUUAAUUCACUUAUAACCUUACUUUACUCAACAAAAUUAAGAGCUCUACACGAGUGAGAAAGAAAUCGAAAGGACCUUCAGGAUUAGAAGGAAGAUGGCUCGGAAAUUUGUUUCUUUAUUUCUCUUAUCUAAUCUUUUGCUCUUGACGUGUGAGCAUGGCAAUGGAGUAAGGGAGACGACUGAUCAACACCAAUGGCGUAUGCCUCACAUGGAUCAUAUGGAGGAUCCGAAACUGGGAUACCUCACCAUAAAUGAUCUACAUGUUGGGAAAACAAUUACCAUCCAUGUCCCAACAAGAGACCCCUCUUCUUUACCUCACUUCUUGACUAGAGAAGAGGCCGAUUCCAUUCCUUUCUCAGUGGAAGAAUUCCCAAAUCUCCUUCAACUCUUCUCAAUCUCUCAACAUUCUCCCCAAGCCAAAGCAAUCAAGAACACACUGGAUGUUUGUGAAUCUAAACCCAUUCUUGAAGUGAAGUUUUGUGCUACCUCCUUAGAAUCCAUGGUUGACUCUGUGCGUGCUAUUUUUGGAUCCCAAGCAGCUUUCAAAGCACUAAGCACAACCAGUUUCACAAAAUCAGACACCCUUCUGCAGAACUACACUUUCCUAGAGGUUAAAGAGGUGUCAACUUCAAUGACGGUGGCAUGUCAUGAUCUGCCUUACCCAUAUGCUGUUUUUUUCUGCCAUGACCUGGGUGACACCAAGGUUUUCGAGAUUUUAGUAGGUGGUGAGCAUGGAGAAAGAGCGACAGCUUUUUUUAUUUGCCACAUGGACACAUCCUCCUUUACACCCGACCACAUCGCCUUUCGCGUUCUGGGCAUCAAACCAGGAACAUCUCCUGUGUGCCACUACAUCUUUCCACAAGGUCUUCUUUGGGUUCAAUCCUAAUUAAUGUAUGGAAUUAACGUACAAUCCGUUUUAAAUGGGGCUAGAUUCUCUCCAGUCUUUUACCGUUUGUUUCUCUGGUUAAUAAUGACUUAUAAGUUGUUUUGGGUC